AUGGGGGUCUCCAAGAGGAAGGCCCCGAGCGGCCAGGGCGACUCGGCGUCCCCCACGAGCGCAGCCAAACGGUCCCGCACUGAGGAGCUCACGGGCGUGCGGUUCAAGGCUCAGCUGAGGGACCCGCAGGGCUCGGGGCCAGCCUUGGAAGCAUUUGUCUCUGCUGCCAAGAAGCUACCACGAGAAGAUGUGUAUGAUGUUGUGGAAGGGUAUAUAAAGAUUUCUGUUGAGUGUGCAGAAAUUUUCCAGCUCCUGAGUGGAGAGAAGCGGCCUGAAAGUGAAAUGCUAUUAAUAUUUCAAGUUUUCGAGGCCAUAUUGUUGAGGACAGCCGGUGAUCUUUCACAUUUCCAUGUUGUGGGAACCAACAUUGUGAAAAAGCUACUGAACAACCACAUGAAGCUCAUUUGUGAGUCCCUGUAUGCCUCGGGUUACAGGGUGGCUCGAGCCUGCCUGAACCUGAUGGCCGCCAUGGUGACCCAGGGUCCUGAAGCUGCCAGGGAUGUCUGCAGCCAUUUUGAUUUGAAUAAAAAGACCUUGUACACCCUGGUGACCAAAAGGGAUUCAAAGGGAGUGCAUGACGUUCGGCUGGCCUACAUUCAGUUUGUCCUUUCCUUUUUAAUUGCUGGCGAUGACAGCACUAUAGUGCAGGUGUUGGAGGUGAAAGAAUUUAUCCCUUGCAUCUUUAGCUCAGGCAUAAAGGAAGAUAGGAUUUCUACCAUCAAUAUUUUGUUAUCUACCCUGAAAACAAAGGUAGUUCACAAUAAAAAUAUCACAAAAACCCAGAAGGUGCGUUUCUUUACCGGGCAGUUAUUGAACCACAUAGCAUCUCUCUACAGCUGGAAUGGGAUUGCCGAUGUGAACCUGGAAAACCCAGGAAACUUCCAGGUGUAG